CUCUCGCAUAGACGGGAGACAACGGGACAAAUAUCUAGAAAGGCAGCACGUGUAUUUCAUCAGCCGAACCUCGCUGAAGAAAAACUCGCACUUCAACCGACAGAGACCAAAGCUUCUUUUCAAAUAUCAGAAUGUGUGGUAUAUGGGCCUUGUUUGGUAGUGAUGAGUGCCUCGCAGUUCAGUGCACCAGUGCCAUGAAGAUUGCGCAUCGCGGUCCAGAUGCUUUCCGCUUUGAGAAUGUCAAUGGUUUCACCAACUGCUGCUUUGGAUUUCACCGCCUCGCUAUUGUGGAUCAGCUGUAUGGGAUGCAGCCUCUGCGUGUCAAGAAGUUUCCCUACCUCUGGCUAUGUUACAACGGAGAAAUCUACAACCAUAUUAGUCUGAAGGAGAACUUUGAGUUCGAGUAUCAGACCAAAGUCGAUGGAGAGAUUCUUCUGCACCUGUACGAUCGCUUUGGGAUCCAGAAGAUGGCCAGUCUGCUAGAUGGAGUAUUCGCAUUCGUCUUGUUGGAUACUGCUAACAAAAAGGUCUUCUUAGGGAGGGACACAUACGGUGUGAGACCGCUCUUCAAACUGCUCACUGAUGAUGGCUUUCUAGCUGUCUGUUCUGAAGCCAAAGGUUUGACUCGCAUCACACACUCCAUGUCCUCCCCUGCAAAGAUCACCCCCUUCCCUCCAGGACACGUUGAGGAGUUUAACUUGAAGCCCACUGGAAAAGUGGAGUCUGUGCUGAUGGAUCGCUUCCACUGCUGCACGGAAGAACCUAAACAUGCCUCCUAUAACAAUCUUGAGGGUUUUGGCACAGGCUUUGAAUUGGAGACCGUCACAAAAAACAUUCGAAUGCUGUUUGAAAAUGCUGUUAAGAAACGCUUGAUGGCUCACAGAAGAAUUGGAUGCCUCCUCUCAGGUGGACUCGAUUCAAGUCUGGUUGCUGCAACUCUCGUGAAACUGGCCAAAGAAGAGGAGCUUCCGUAUCGCAUUCAGACCUUUGCCAUUGGUGCAGAUGACAGCCCAGAUGUUGUUGCUGCUCGCAAGGUGGCAGCCUACAUUGACAGCGAACACCAUGAGGUGAGCUUCACACCUGAGGAAGGUAUCCGUGCCCUGGAAGAAGUCAUCUUUCACUUGGAGAGUUAUGACAUCACCACUGUGCGUGCCUCUGUUGGUAUGUACCUGAUAUCAAAGUACAUCCGUGAGAAGACGGACAGCGUUGUGAUUUUCUCUGGUGAAGGUUCUGAUGAGCUGUCACAAGGAUACAUCUACUUUCAUAAGGCACCGUCUCCUACAGCGGGCGCUGAGGAAAGCGUGCGUCUGCUGAAAGAGCUUUAUCUGUUUGAUGUGCUGAGAGCGGACAGAACCACAGCUGCACACGGACUGGAGUUGAGAGUGCCUUUCCUGGACCAUAGAUUCACUGCAUACUACCUCUCUGUCCCUGAAGAGAUGAGAGCCCCUAAGGACGGUGUGGAGAAGCAUCUCUUGAGGGAAUCGUUUAAAGGGGUGAAACUCAUCCCAGAUGAGAUUCUCUGGAGAAGGAAAGAGGCCUUCAGUGACGGUAUGACAUCCAUGAAGAAGUCCUGGUACACAAGCCUGCAGGAGCACAUCGAGUCUGAGGUGAACGACGUUCAGUUGGAAAAUGCUGCCAAGCUGUUCCCUUUCAACCCCCCCACAACCAAAGAGGGCUUCUACUUCAGGCAGGUCUUUGAGAAGAUGUACCCCGGCCGCUGCGAGUGGACACCGCAUUACUGGAUGCCCCGCUGGAUCAAGGCCACGGACCCCUCGGCCAGAACCCUGUCCAUCUACAAGCCCGAUAAAGACCAGUAAUCGCAUCAAACUUCAAAACUUGACUAGAGGUUACAUCCACUACAGCAUACACAUCUGCCUCAUGAAAUGAGCUAAAUUCAAGUCUUUAGGGUGGUUUUAGUCUUUCUCAAAGAGAGCUCAAUUUGUUACUGCUCAAUUCUCCCCGGAUCAACGUUAUACAGAGUAUAACUUCAAAGAUAUGCAAUGACAUUUUGAAAUCAAGGCUAUGCUAUUGUAUUCAUGUAAAAAAAAAUUUAAUGUAAGCGUAUGCACUUUUUUUUCCUCCUCAAAUAUCUUCAAGGUUUAUAUUAAUAUAAAAAAACUUGGGAACUGAAGCAGGUUGGCUCAGCUAAGAAAAAAAGGUGUAUAGGUUCAGAUUGACAUAAUAUAUUAUUUGAGCAUGGCCACUUUCAAUUUUGGGUGAAAUAUUCCAUUAUUUAUUUCUAUUUAAUAACAACAGUUGUUACUGUUGAAUGUCUUUUAAAGGUUUAGUGCUUGGCACUGGUUGGAGUAAUAACCAUUUAGCCUUAUAGGAAGUCAGUGGAACUAAGAUUGUUUCAACACUUGAUGUAAUGUUGUGCACAAACACCAUAAUCUGAUUUAAAAAAAAAAAAAAAAAAACUAAAUUAUAAAUUUCAGUGUAUGUAACAUGAAUAUUUAAAAUAUUUUCAACCUCCUGCACUCAGUGCUUAAAGACUAGAAUUACUUUUGAGUAUUUAUGUGUGCUUAAGUUAGUAGUUUGAAAGGUCUGGUCAUAGAAUAAAGAUCUUAUUCGGAAUAUCUUAA